CACCACAUGCUUCAGCACCAAAAACAUAACGCCACUGAGCCCUCUGUUUUGCACCAUCAUUUGCCACACCAGUCACCAGACACUUCAACCCAUAGCACCGCCAUCCGUGGCCGACAACAUUAUGCCAGGUACAACCAUUGACCCGUUGAUGAUGUCUCUUGACUCAUUCACCACAUUGCCCUUCGAUGCUACCCAGCUUCAAUCAUACUCGGACUUUUCGCCUAUCUCUCUCUUUGACCACACCGACGAGUUCACAACCGACUUCACCUCUGACUCGGCGGCUUCACCCGCCUCGCCACUUUCACCGGCGCUAUCGGCCAAAUCAUUCGGUUUCCAAGCAGCGGACAGUUGGGCUGCUUGGGACACGGCGGAACUCUCCCCUGAACCUGACGGAUUGUUUGGCUGCCAGCCGUUUGACGGCUCGGCGUUAGCCUCGCCGAAGGCUUCGCCAUCAAGCCCCGCGAUUAACCCCGUGGACCUAGCCGCGCCCUCAGUCAACUGUCAACCCCUUUACCAGUCACCACAAGUGAUGAUGGCCGCCAUGUCAAGCCAGCAGCAGCAACCAGCCCCUCUCACAACAACAACAACCCGGCCCACAACAACCGACCUCACUGCGAAGCGCUACCCCUCCCGGACAACCAAGCUUAAGCCAUCCAGCUCCUCGUCAGACGAUGAAGCACCCGCCGCCAAGACGAUGUCAGCGUCAGUACCAGCAGCACCAGGCACAUCAACCCGACGACCGCCGUCCAACUCCGCCCAAACAUCAAAGCAAAAGGACCCGCUCGCGCCCAAAAAGACGGCGCACAACAUGAUCGAAAAGCGCUACCGCACCAACCUCAACGACAAGAUCAUGCAGCUGCGCGACGCCGUGCCCGCGCUGCGUGCCAUGCAGCGUGCCAACGGCGACGGCAGCACUGUCGAGGACGAUGGCGGCAACAGCGGCGAGGACCAGCACCCGCCGUUGUCGCCCGUCCACGGCCACCACCCCAAGCUGAACAAGGCUACCAUCCUGAGCAAAGCAACCGAGUACAUCCUGCAGCUGGAGCGGAGGAAUCAUGGGCUGGAGACGGAGAACAGCGCGCUUAGAGGACGCAUGGAGGGGUUGGAGAUGAUGUUGAUGGGUCGGGGGGGCUUGGCGGGGGGUUGGAGUUGAUUUUGAGUGGAAUUUGACUCGGCUGCUGCCGGUUUGGGGGGAUUCGGACGGAAAAGGCGUUACGGUUACGGUAGUUGGGUGUGGUUGGGUGAUGGGAUGGCAACUUGCAGGGACUGUUCGGUUAUAGUAGUGAUGACGAUACCGCCUCCUGCGAUACAGCGGCUGCUGGGUUUUGUUGUUUGUGGGAAUGGUUUCCAUCGAGUGGCGUUCAGGGAUACUACUGCUUGUGUAUGAGGUAGUGCUGGGGCGUACAGGUGGUAGACGCAGGGCU